CUCAGAUCUACAUCAACUCGCAGACUGACUAGAUCGUUUCCAUUGUACAUUCUUGCGGUAGUCACGGAAAAGUCCGGAUUGUCCCGAUAAGUGUAUGGUUAUUUAUGAAAAAAAAAAUUCAUUGAUAUUUUAUAUGCAUUUUCAUCAUCUCCCAUUAAAUUUGUGAAUAAUGUGUGACAUUUACGAUUAAACAGUUGCGCAGAGUGAAGAUGAACUUUAUUCUAAGUACAAAAAAUACGCAGAAAUCACCCAUUUCCGGGAUAGAAAACCAAAAAAAUUAAAUAAAUAAUAACUGCAAUGAGUGAAGAUUUAUAAUAUAUUAAUAGUAACCCAGUGAAGUGGAUUAAAAAUGUGGAGAUUAUCUCUAAUACUGAUAAAUGUGUUCCUUGUGGAAUUUUCCGUUUGCCAAUUCGGAUUCGGACAAGUCCUUGUGGAUUCUGUAUUCUCAAUCAAGAAUUUCCUCGAAGAUGGUGGUCAAAGACUGUCAUACGAACAGAACAAUUACUAUAUCAAUAAGGAAUAUGAUUUUGUGAUAGUGGGUGGCGGUUCGGCAGGAUGUGUCCUGGCUAAUCGCCUAUCAGAGAAUAAGAAUUGGAAAGUGUUGCUCCUUGAAGCAGGUCCAAGGGAAAAUCUACUCAUGGAUGUCCCUAUGUUUGUUCACUACCUUCAGCAGACAAAUGCCGAUUGGCACUACAAGACUGAGAGAUCUAACAUCUCGUGUCUGGCCAUGUACAAUAACCAAUGCAAGUGGCCACGUGGAAAAGUCAUGGGGGGCUCCAGCGUGCUCAAUUAUAUGAUUUAUACACGCGGUAAUCGUCGUGAUUACGAUCGAUGGGCAAACAUGGGAAAUCCCGGCUGGAGCUGGAAUGACGUCCAUCCGUACUUUCAAAAGAUGGAAAAAAGCUUCAUAAAAGACGCCGUGCCAGGAUAUUUGGGAACCAAUGGCCCUAUGUCAGUCUCCUACCCAAAUUGGCACACAAAAAUUGCCAAAGCAUUCAUCAAAGCUGGUCUCGAGAAUGGAGCAUCGUACGUGGACUACAAUGGACCAACUCAAAUUGGAUAUUCAUACUUUCAAACAACCACAGAAGAUGGCCUCAGAAAGAGUUCAAAUGUGGCAUAUAUUUAUCCUAUUCGAGGAACACGGUCAAAUUUACACAUCAAAAAGGAGAGUUUUGUCACAAAAAUCCUAAUAGAUCCACAAACCAAGAGAGCCUAUGGUGUUGAAUUUGUCAGUGAUAAGAAACUAUAUCAAGUAUUUGCGAGAAAAGAAGUGAUUAUAUCAGCUGGAGCUAUAAAUUCACCCCAAUUGCUGAUGUUAUCCGGCAUUGGGCCAGGUGAUCAUCUUCGUGAGCAUGGUAUUAAACCCCUAGUGGACUUGGCUGUUGGUUACAAUCUCAUGGAUCAUACAGCAGUCCCUGUAGCCCUUACAGUCAACAUUACCUCAAUGUUUAUUGAAAAUAUUGCAACAAUACCCAAUCUCUUGCGAUACGAAUCAACAAGAAAAGGUCCAAUUUCAUCAAUUGGAGCCUGCGAAGCUGUGGCAUUUUAUGACUUUGACAACCCAACAGACCCAGAUGGAUGGCCUGAUAUUGAACUCUUCCAAGUUGGUGGCACCCUCUAUGGUGACUCUAUCUACAGGGACAAUUUCAACAUCCGCACAUCAAUCUAUGCCACAAUUUACCAUGACAUGGAACGCCGCAAUCAGAACGGAUUUCAAAUUUGGCCCAUGAUUCUACGCCCAAAGAGCAGGGGUAGAAUAACACUGCGGAACAACAAUCCCUUCUCCCAUCCUCGAAUCUAUGCCAACUACUUCUCUGACCCACGAGACGUAAAAACUGUCCUCCGUGGCGUGCGGAAAGUACAAGAGUUAACAAAGAUGCCAUCACUGGCACGAAUAGACGCCAAAUUGAUAGAUUAUGAACAUCCAGUGCCAACAUGCGCUCAUCUUGGUAUCGAUUCAGACAACUACUGGGACUGCGUGAUACGUCAUUUAACAUUAACCAUCUACCACUAUUCCGGCACAUGCAAAAUGGGGCCACCAAGUGAUCCCACAGCCGUGGUAGAUUCUCGACUUCGUGUCUACGGCAUCAGCAAUCUCAGAGUCAUUGAUGCCAGUAUCAUACCAGAAAUUCCUGCUGGUCACACCAAUGGUCCAACACUCAUGAUAGCCGAACGUGCGGCUGAUUUUAUUAAGGAAGACUGGAAUUAUGUGUAAUAAUUCGCAAAAAAAAGCUCCUUAUGCCACACAGUGACUUGCCAUAUUUGGACAAAAAAUAAUAAUAGAAGGAAAAAGUCAAGGAAAAACAAACAAAAAACAAACUUAAUAUAAGAUGCAAAAGACAAUGGAAAAAACUAGUUUUUAGUUAGACAUUCUCAGUCAGAAUAUGAAUCAAUUAUCUCAAAGUAUUUAAAGUAUAAUUAAUUUACUCAAACUCCAAAUGUGAUUGAUACGGUAUAGGAGCAGUAGAAAAACAAUAAUAGCAAAUAUUAAAUUGCCCAUAUUGUGCUCGUACGUGUAUCUUAUAUUAAUUUAGGUAAUGCGUUAAUUUGUAAUUAAAUAUAUUAAAUUUAUCAACGCUUAAAUGUAAAAAAAAAAUGUCAGAGAGAAACAUUCCUGAGCAACGUAUGAGAUUUUACAAUGGAAAUAGAAAUAAAAUUAAUAUUUAAUAGUCCAUAAUUGAUUGUGUGAUCAAUUAAAUAUACUCUAUAGUCUUAUAAAUUCCACACUUGAUUCUAAUCUAAAGCCAUUGUUGCAAUAUUGCAAUAAAAAUCCAGUUUUCCCUUCAGACUAGAGUUCAAGUUUGAGGUGUUUUUUAUAGCCAAAGGCGCCGAGAAAAAUCAGUAUAGGAAUUUUUUUUCUUUAUAUUCAAGAUCAUCUUGGGGGUAAUUAAGGAAAUUUGCUUGCAGGGAUUUAAUCACACAAAAUGAGAUUUCGAAUCAGCAACUCAAAUAAUUUUCAUCUUGAUUUACGUCAGUCUUUGAGAGAAUUUUGAUGAAUUAACUGGGUUCUUACAAGUCUUUACUUUUGGAAUUCCUCCUUAUUGAGAACUUUUUGCUUUCAGAAUCUUAUUUUUCAAGACAUGCAAUUUUUUCUCAAGCUUUGAUUUGCCAUCACUUGCCAGACGUACAUUAUGUACAGUUACUUUUUUUACCUCAGUCAUUCACCAAUCAAUAAUUCAUUUACCAAAAAUUCUUCUCUAGUGUUUUGACCUAGUUCUGUCUCUUUAGAUUGAGUCGCUACUUCAACAAGUUCUAAGCCAAAUAGAAAUAAAUCUUCCCUCUUCUAUUUAUCUUAAAAAACAUUCUUUCAUUCUUACAUGGAUUGAUAGCAUUUGCAAUUUAACAGAAGAUAUUUAUCAUAUAGCAAAUUAUGUGACAUAAUACGGAGGAUAUAAUAUAUUAAAAAAAAACUAUUUAAAAAACGAAAAA